GCAGCUCGUAGUGUGUGGGGAGAGAGGGACUUGAAAGUAGGACAGAGGAGUCUGGCCCCCUUCCUCUCGAACCAGAAGCACAGAUUUGCGACAGGGUGAGAGAAGACUAGUCUUGGGUGGAGAGAGAAAAGGUUUUCUGGAAGACUUGCUGCAGUCACUGAGUAAAGAAGCCUCUGGGACACCGACCAGUGAGUCCACACUGCAGAACCUCCAGUGUUACAGGUUUUGUUUUAUCUCAUCAGGAGAACAAUAUUCACUGAACAGGAAUCACACCACCGGGAAAAAUGCACAAGCGCACCAAGAUAAAGAUUGCCAUCUUUGUGUUGCUGGUGGGUAUGGCUUGCAUGUUCACGGCAGUUGUAACGGAUCACUGGGCAGUGCUGAGCCCAGAGGUGGAGAGGAUCAACAUAACCUGUGAGGCUGCCCACUUUGGCCUGUGGAGGCUGUGCAAGAAGCACAUCACAAUCACUACAGAAACCUACGUGGAGGGGCAUGGCUGUGGACCAAUUAGCCUGCCUGGUGAUGAAAACUGCACUUAUUUUGGCCACUUCACUCCGGGGCAGGACGCUGAGAUAUUUGAAUAUAAAACGCAGAAAGAGUACAACAUCUCUGCUGCCGCCAUCUCCAUCUUCAGUCUGGCUUUCAUAAUCCUCGGGUCUUUGUGUUUGAUUGGAUCGUGUACUGGGAAAGGCAAAGGAAGAGAGUACCUCCUUAAACCAGCUGGCAUGUUUUUUGCAUUUGCAGGUUUGUGCUCUUUCAUCUCAGUGGAGGUGAUGCGUCAGUCGGUCAAACGGAUGAUCGAGAGUGAGGACACGAUUUGGAUGGAAUACUACUACUCCUGGUCUUUUGCUUGCGCAUGUUCUGCCUUUGUCCUGCUCUUUCUCUCGGGCAUUGCACUCCUCCUCCUCUCCAUGCCUCAGAUGCCUAGGAAUCCAUGGGAGACGUGCAUGGAUGCAGAACAGGAGCAAGUCGAGUGAUCAAAGGAUGGACAAAACUAUAUCUUUUGUUUAGACUAAACGUGUUAGAUUUGUUUCAAGAGUUAGAGUUUGGCAUCAGAAAAUAAGGUAACACAAGGAAAACUGUGCUGGUGUUUGUGGAUCAGUCAUCUUCCAAACAGAAACUGAAUGGGCCUUUUGUAGGAGUUGAGUUCAUCUGCCUCAUCCUUCAGUCACAGUUUUAAUCCAACUUGUUGCUUAAAAUCCACCGUUUCUCAACAAGAGCAGAAGUUGCCAGGUGGGGUUUGCAAACACUUGACAGCACUUUUAAUAUACUUCUCUUUUAAUGUACAGCUCAUCCUUCACUGCCAGUAAAUUCAGUAGAAACUUUUAGCAGUGAUGUUAUUUUUAAUACCAUCACACGCCUAUGAGCUUCCUUACCCAGGUGUCAUUAUGACGUACAUCUUGGCUUAAACAGUCAUUAACAGUUUUAGAAUAAAAACAUUACAGCAACAGCCUGACAUCAAGGUUACUUGAUUUUUAUACACCACAUAAUGUUUGAUAUCUUGUACAUAACUAAUAUUCUUCCAUAUUUUCUAUUGUAUCACUCAAAGAACUAUUCGCCUAAAUAAUUUCAUGAGGAUCUAAAUCUGUGCAUGUGUAAAAUUUAUUAAGAACCUUUACAGAAGCAGAAUAUUGCAUUACACCUAGAAGUUUAAAGGAAAGAUUUGGAGCAAAGCAGCUGCUCAGAGCAGGUUUGUGUGUGUGUGCAGGGAGGGGCCAGGCUGAAUGCUAAACACCCACACAGCCUGCAGCACCAGUCGUGUUGGAAACGGUUCAGUUCUAGCAGGUGCACUUACAAGGCCUUUCACUUCUUAUUUGCCUCCACAAAAUAAAUAAAUAAAAAUAUAUAU